AGAGAGCAGUUCUCAUCCGGCAUUGGAUCUUGGCACAUCAUGUUUCCCGCUCGCUUGGGUUCGCUUCUGCUCGUGGUUGCCGUUGUGGUGCUUCUGGUGAUCACCGUGGCCACCGUGUCCGCCGGAAAGCCGCGUCACCGAGCGACCAAUUGUCCGCCCAUCAAGCUGAAGCGCCAAUGGGGAGGUAAGCCAUCGCUGGGCCUCCACUACCAAGUCCGUCCCAUCCGCUUUGUGGUCAUCCAUCACACGGUCACCAGCGAGUGCAGUGGACUGCUCAAGUGCGCCGAGAUUCUGCAGAACAUGCAGAGCUAUCAUCAGAACGAACUGAACUACAAUGAUAUCAGUUACAACUUCCUGAUUGGCAGCGAUGGCAUUGUGUACGAGGGCACUGGCUGGGGACUACGGGGAGCCCACACCUACGGCUACAACGGCAAUGGCACGGGCAUAGCCUUUAUCGGCAACUUUGUGGAUAAACUUCCAACGGAGGCGGCUCUGCAGGCGGCCAAGAAUCUUCUGGCCUGCGGGGUGCAGCAGGGGGAGUUGAGCGAGGAUUACGCCCUGAUCGCCGGCUCGCAGGUGAUCAGCACCCAGAGCCCCGGACUGACGCUGUACAACGAGAUCCAGGAGUGGCCGCAUUGGCUCUCGAAUCCUUGAAAUAUCCCUAAAUAUCCUUUAAGAAGCCACCAAAAUUUCCAAAACUCUUCAAUAACCGAUUGGCAGAAAGCUGGAAUUAACAGUUAUCUUUGGCUUCCAAUCUAUCGAUCUAUCGGCUUGCACUGGAAACUUGUCGCUUCCUUUUUUUGUGAAAAAUAAAGCUAACUUUUUGUCUUAAAA